GGAUGAUUUGAUAACAUCCAUCAGUGAAGUUCAGGAAGCCAUCAACCAGGAACCAGUACCAGGAAGCCAAGGCACAGUUUUUGUCUUGUAACUCCAACAUGCUGUUGAUCUUCUUGUUGAGUCUGGCUCUGGUUGCCACGUCUCCCUCCAACGGGAAUGAACUUAUGCUAACGACAAACAACUGUCCAGAAUUCUGGUACAGCUUCAGCGGCCGCUGCUACAAAUACGUCGCCACAAAGAUGACCUGGGCUGAUGCGGAGCUCCACUGUCUGUCCCUGGACAGCAACCUGGUGUCCAUCCACAGCCUGGAGGAACACAAUUUUGUCAAUUCCAUGAUCAAGAGCUAUGAUCCUGCUCAGGCCUUCACUUGGAUUGGACUCACCGAUCUCCACAAGGAAGGGUCCUGGAUGUGGUCGGAUGGGUCCAAAAUGGAUUUUCUCUAUUGGGACGGACAUCAACCAGAUAAUGCAGGAGGAAAUGAACACUGUGGACACACCAACAUGUGGACACGCUAUAAGUGGAAUGAUUAUGUGUGCUCACUGACAUUUUCUUUCGUCUGUAAAAAGCACUGCCUUUGUAUGUAGAGGCAGGGAAAAAUCAUCUGAAUCUGCCGUCCAAUGUAACUUGUGUCGGCAGUCAUGAAACAAAUCUGUGUAAUUAAUAAAAAAAUAAAACUGCUAUCCAGAAAA